ACGAAAAAACAAAAACACGUCAGCUGUCAAAAUCUGUUGUGUCAUGUCAUCGUAAUAUUUUUGUUCGCUCCUUGGACUGAAAUAGUCUAAAAAAACAGCAAAACAAUAGCGGGAGGUUUACAACUGCGCUAGAAAACUUAAACUUAGGCGUUCCACAAUGCAUUGGUACGGAGGAAGCAUCGCUGAGGCGGUUACGCUGUCCAAGCAAAAAAACGCAAUUUUCGUUGUUUUUGUCGAAGGUGAGAAUGACCUCUCCGCAGAGAUGUCAGCCACCAUCGACGACUCAGCGGUGGUGAAGCGGCUCUCCGACCAGACCAACUUCCUGGCCAUCAAGCUGAAGAGCGGCACCACUAACUACACACACUUCGCGCAGAUCUACCAAUUCGUGCCAGUGCCAUCUUUAUUCUUCAUCGGGCGGAAUGGCACUCCCUUGGAGGUGGUCUGCGCAGGCGUGCAACCCUCCAACCUGGCCACCAGGAUCGACAGGAUACUGGAGGAGCACCACAACGAGAAGCAGCCAUCGAUGCAGCCUUCCACGUCAGCACAGAACGUUCGCGAACAAACCUCGAGUCUGCUGCAGGCUGAGGCCGCGGCCAGCGCUGCGCCAGAACCUAAGCCAGCGCCAGAGGAACAGCCUGAGACCUCAUCCGGUCCAGCGGCCAAGAUACAAAAGACGGAGCACCACGAAGUGAGCAAGUCAGGGCAGGAGUACGACGUAGUGUGUGAUGGAGACGUGUGCGUGAGGAGGCCCCGCGCCGCCGGGGCGGAGCCCGGGCCCAGCCAGCGCCCCGAGCCUGUCUCCGCCGCGUCGCAGAUGGAGACCGAGCCGACAGCUGAAGACAGCACAGCGAGCAUGGAAGAGAAGCUGGAACGAGCUAAGGAGCUGAUCGAAGCCAGGCGCCGGGAGAAGGCACAGAAGGAGAAAGAGCUGGAGAAACAGAAGGAGUUAGAACGUCGCUCGCAAGGGCAGGGAAUGACUGAACUCAAGAACUGGCAGGCCGAGCAGGAGUUACGGCAGAUUCAGGAGGAGCGCAAACGCGAGAAGUUCGAGAACAAUCUAGCAAGACAAAGGAUUUUAGAGCAGAUAGCACAGGACCGCGCUGAAAGACGGGCCCGUGACCAGGCGCCGCGGGCGCCGCCUGCGCCGCCCGCGCAAAGCGGAGCUACCUCCGGCGACGGGUCGGGCCGCGCUCGCGUUCAGUUCAAACUGCCGGACGGCCGCUCGCACACCGCACACUUUGCGGCUGACGACACGCUGGCAACACUGCAGCAACAUAUCGCAGACAACUUGCAGAUGUCGGCGUCCAACUUCUCCCUCUGGACGGCGUUUCCUCGCCGCGAACUAAGCGACCCUAGCGCCACGCUGCGGCAACUGGAACUAGCGCCGUCCGCCGCCUUACUAGUGCUGCCCAGGCGUGCGCCCACACAGGUCGCCGCGCCCUCGCCCGUCGCGUCUAUAGUCGCGAUCUUCACCCAGUUCAUCACCUCAUUCAUCCUGGCGCCCUCACAGCAACUCUUCAACUGGAUCCGCGCGCGUCUAUUCGCUCCCCCUCCCCCCACUACCCCAAGUCAACCCCCUCGGGCCUCCCCCCCUCCCGGCUUGCGUAGGAGGGGGAAUAUUCAUAGACUUCCCGGGGAGAGAGCGGCGGAUGAUGAUAAUAACACUUGGAACGGGAAUUCCACGCAGCAAAUGUAGGGGUUUGGAGGUUUUUGUUGGGAGGCAUUGUGGCCUAAAGGGGGAUUUAUUUAGACACUAAUGGCUGGAUCAGGGCUGAAUGAGGGCUAUCGUUUUUAUACUUAACAGUUGGCACCCCUGGCGAUUGACAGGACUUUACUCUACAGUG